AAGCUCCGAUGAACUCCUCAGAGGCUCCUGUGAGCUUUUUGGAGGGCGACGGCUUGGCCGAGCAGUUUCUCCGCAUAGAGCGAGAGCAGGCCCUCCGCCUGAAGGAGCUCAGCUUCCUCGAGCCCGUCGAGUAUGUUUACAAUCCCUUGGAAUACGCCUGGGAGCCCCAUGAAGACUAUGUGCGUCGAUACUGUCGGUUCCGCAAGGAGGUGCUGUUUCUUGGUAUGAACCCAGGGCCUUUUGGAAUGGCCCAGACUGGGGUGCCCUUUGGAGAGGUGCAGCUGGUCCGAGACUGGCUCCAGGUCCACGGGCAGGUGUCCAAGCCACCAAAGGAGCACCCCAAGAGACCUAUCCGGGGCCUGGAAUGCCCCCAGACGGAGGUGAGCGGGGCCCGCUUCUGGGGCUUCUUCCGCUCCUUGUGCGCCAGGCCCGAGGUGUUCUUCCACCGCUGUUUCGUUCACAACCACUGCCCGCUUCUCUUUCUUAGUCACAGCGGGCGCAACUUGACUCCGGCCGACCUGCCGGCCGCCAAGCGUGAACAGCUCCUGCAGGUCUGUGACGACGCUCUAUGCGAAGCCGUCAAGCUCUUGGGCGUCAACAUGGUGAUCGGCGUGGGCCGCUUUGCCGAGCAGCGCGCCCGCAAGGCCCUGUCGGCCGCCGGGAUCCCGGUGCGAGUCGAGGGGGUGAUGCACCCGUCGCCUCGCAACCCCCAGGCCAACAAGGGCUGGGAUGCCAUCAUCCGAGCGAAACUGGAGGAACUCGGUGUGCUGGCUCUCCUUGCGGAAUGAUUGCUUGCGGAACCAGGUUGCGGAAAAGAAGAA